AUGGCGCCAUUGCCUAUGGCAGACAACUCCGCAUACGAUCUGUCACGAGUUCUCGAACCUCGAAACGACACCGACAAUUCUGGUGGGGCUCUGCAAGUCAUUUGUGCAUGGCCAGUCUCCAGCCAAUAUGGGCCUGGGUCGAGGAUCCUGUUCUAUCUUCUCAUCGCCGCAUGUGUACUAGCUAGGAAAGCAAACUGGAUCAAGGACGCCUGCUUAGCUGCGGCUCUUUUGCUACCAACGAUAGCUGCGGUGCACGCCAUUGCCCUGGCUGCCCUCCAUCGUGAAAAAGCGGUAGAUAUGGACAUCUAUGGGGCUUUUCAGUAUUGCUCGAUAGGGGUAGUUGUCGCCCCUAUUACUGUCCGGUUGUCACGCACCUAUCUGUACGAUCCUGGCAGAAACGCCAUCUUCGUAUGGGUGGGCCUUCUUCUUGCUGGUUUACUUAGCUUAACCGUCACGUUCUAUCGCACCCAAACCUUCAGUUGCCCACUCGACAAUGCCGGAAACCCUCUUUCGCCCCACGCUUCGAAGUUCCCCUACGGAGACCCCCCAAGUUGCGGUCUGACUUGCUCCGAGAAAGACGGCCCAUUCUCUCCCAUGCGGGGUGGCUCGGCCAAGAAUGUAUACAUCAUCCCAGCGCCGAGCGUGUUCACAUUCGGCGCCGGCACGCUGUUGUCGGCUGCAUGCUGCGUCCACGCGAUUCUGUGGCUUAUAUCGAUGGCGGAUAAGAUUCUUGAGAUUAACUGGAAAUCACAAUCUCGCAAACUCGGCGAUCAAGAAGAUAGAAGCAUUGACGAACCAAUAUCAGGCACGAAUGGGGCAACAAAAAGAAGGAUGAAGGAUGUCAACGAGAACGUCCGAUUCUACCUGAGCAUGGCCGUGGUUCCGGUAUUUGGAGGGGCAGGCUUUGCCAUCCUUGUUGUUGGGGAAAUGAAUUUCUUCAGCCGUCAGGUUAGCUACGAGAUUGAGCCAAUGGCUGCCAUUGGUCAAUGGGGCUCCAUUGUAGGAGUUGGUCUCGCAUUGUUGGGUUCGCUUUAUCUUCUCCUGGCGGAGGACGUUGAAGACCUUAAGGAGAAGGAGAAGGUUGCCGAGGCUGACUGGUCUGGCAACCCGAAUGCAUCGCGAGAUGCUUCUGUCACUCCACAGCCUAGCCCCCAAACUACCACGCCACAGCCUGGCUCCAAAAGCUUUGACCCAGAGAGGCUUGCCACAGGAAACACAGAUCAUCCUGGCGAUCCUAAUGAAACAAUACCGAGCCAAGAGAAUGGUACAAAUGUGGGAAACGCUGGCAGGCAGAAGUUCGCCAAAUUGAUGCUUGCCUUUAGCAACUCGUUGGGCACUGCCGCCCACGAACGGCUUAGUGACUCUGAUUUUCAUCGUGGAUCAGUGCUUAAUUGGCCCGAAGUUCCCGGUGAGAAAUUUAGAAGUAACAAUCUGCAGGAUAUAAAGAAGAUAUAUGAUCCUCCCAAAGAUCAAGACGGCAAUGAGUGGAGAGAGACAGCCAAGUCCAUCGAGACGACGUGCCCGUACUAUGCCCACUGA